UCAUUUAACAACAUUGGCGUUUCAGGUAAAGCCUUCGUGUACGAUCAGAUAAAAUGAAGAUAAUUUUGGUUGUCAUUCUGCUCGUCUUUGGACUUUCAGCAUGCGCAAAGGCAGACAACUCAAUAGAAAACGAUUUUGACGAGUUGGAUAAUCUCGUGAGUGAUGUUAAGGAAAGGAUACAAUCUUUGAGAAAAAAAGUCAAAGAGGAAUUGCGAUCAAAAUGUGGAAAAAACAAAUGUUCUAAAAAAUCAUGUGGGGAUGGCUGGGUCUCUUACAACGGAAAUUGUUACUUCUUUGAUAAUGCUCAAGCAUGCAAUUAUGAAGAAGCAAGGGCAUUCUGCAAACAAAGAGAGUCUGUAUUGUUGUAUGUACAAGAUGAAGCAGAAAAUGCGUUUAUAGUCGGAAUGCUGGGCCGCUUGAAAUGUAAGUUGAUCGUUUAAUUGGCAUUAAGCAAAAUAGAAAAAUAUG